AUGUUGACUGUCCAUAAAAUGCAUUUUAGCAUCUUCCUGCUGUUGUGGGGAUGGGUUUUAUCCACUGAAUGCAGAGCCCACCGCCAAGGAAAAGAAAUACAUGAGGUAUACAAAAAAGGCAGCCGGCCGCAGCGGCAGAGGCGGGAGGCCCACGGCGAGGCGCACAAGCAAGGCAGCCCAAUCCUAAAACGAAGCCCUGACAUCACCAAAUCUCCGCUGACGAAGUCAGAGCAGCUGCUGCGAAUAGAUGACCAUGACUUCAGCAUGAGACCAGGUUUUGGAGGCCCUGCAAUUCCUGUUGGGGUGGAUGUCCAAGUUGAAAGUCUGGACAGCAUUUCUGAGGUGGACAUGGACUUCACCAUGACACUUUAUCUGAGGCACUACUGGAAAGACGAGAGGCUGUCCUUCCCCAGCACCAACAACCAAAGCAUGACCUUCGAUGGCAGGCUGGUGAAGAAGAUCUGGGUCCCCGACAUGUUCUUCGUCCACUCCAAGCGCUCCUUCAUCCACGACACCACCACGGACAACGUCAUGCUGCGGGUCCAGCCAGAUGGGAAGGUACUUUAUAGCCUCAGAGUUACAGUAACGGCAAUGUGCAACAUGGAUUUUAGUCGCUUUCCCCUGGAUACACAGACGUGUUCCCUGGAGAUUGAAAGCUAUGCCUACACUGAAGAUGACCUCAUGCUCUACUGGAAGAAUGGGAACGAUUCCCUAAAAACAGAUGAGAGGAUAUCACUGUCCCAGUUCCUCAUCCAGGAGUUUCACACCACCACAAAGCUCGCUUUUUACAGUAGCACAGGGUGGUACAAUCGCCUCUACAUAAACUUCACUUUACGCCGACACAUCUUCUUCUUCUUGCUCCAAACCUACUUCCCCGCCACCCUCAUGGUCAUGUUGUCCUGGGUGUCCUUCUGGAUCGAUCGCCGAGCAGUUCCUGCCAGAGUCCCUUUAGGGAUAACCACCGUGCUGACCAUGUCCACAAUCAUCACUGGGGUGAACGCCUCCAUGCCUCGUGUUUCCUACAUCAAAGCAGUGGACAUUUACCUGUGGGUCAGUUUUGUGUUUGUCUUCCUCUCGGUGCUGGAAUACGCAGCCGUGAAUUACCUGACUACGGUGCAAGAGCGGAAGGAGAGGAAACUCCGGGACAAGCUUCCUUGUGCGUGCAGCCUACCUCAGCCUCGGCCCAUGAUGAUGGACGGCAGUUAUAACGACGGGGAUGUGAAUGAACUGGGGCACUACGUGUCCGAGAACGGAGAUAAACAAGACCGAAUGAUGGUGCAGCUGGCGCUGGGGCCUGAGAGGGGCUCAGGCAGGAGGAAAAACCAGAGAUACGUCAGCAUGCGGAUCGACACUCAUGCCAUCGACAAGUACUCCAGGAUAAUAUUCCCUGGUGCAUACAUUCUAUUUAAUUUGAUAUACUGGUCCAUUUUUUCAUAA